AAGAGAGAUCACUUUCAGCCCAAUUUCUGUAUUUUGUCAGCUGGGCGUUAUGAUUUUGGGUCUAGCCUUCUUUAAGGAUUCUGUGCCACAGAGCAGGCAUCCGGUGAGGGAAAGGAACUUCCAAUUGACUGAAAAAGAUGUGCUUCGUGCUGCCGGAGCUGUGCUGCCGAUUGCUAACUCCAUCAUAUCCACGGCACAAGUGAUCUUCUCAGGCAACCCAUCGAUGACUCUCAAAGUAUUGCCUGUUCUUCUGUUCGGUGCAAAAUAUGGUAGUCUGGUUACGGUAUGGAGGCUUCUAGCCACAGGUUUCUUCACCAGUUUUACACUCCCAAAGCUUUAUAUCUGUUAUUCAACACAAAUUCAUAUGAUAGCUGAAAAUUUGAUAGACCGGGCUCUAGAAGCAUGGAAGUCUUGCCCCCGCAAGAAAUUCGUUGCGGGCACGGCAGUGACAGUGUGCUGGAAUUUGUUUAGUGUUAAGACUCGCUUCCUGGCAGCCUUCAUUUCAGUAGUGAUACUGCGGUACAAUCAUCAGACCGCAGGGCUGGUGUGAUCCCGGAAGUUAAAUGUUGUCAAGAUGAUCAAGAGCACUAGAACAGCAAAUGGAGGUACAACCAUACAAGAGUGAAGUUGCAUUUGCCGCAGGAAUGCUUUUGAUGUGUACAAAGAAAUUCUUUAUUUAUUUACAAUAAUCAUUUCUUCCACAUCUAGUGGUUGUACCAACUAGCUGCAAUAUCUGUAGCAACGAACUAGCAGCAGUAGACAUGAGGCAUGUUGCAGGAUCAGUAGUCCCAUCGUAUUGUUCUCCGCUCCUGCAAUUUUAUAAUCCAUUUCGGUGAAUGUUGACAAAAGCUAA